GUAAGUUAAAAGAGGAAUAAAAGAAAGAAAACUAAUAUUAUGAGCCAUCACGUAGUAUGAACAUGUCUUCGACAUCUUAUUGCAGAUGAUAGAUGAAGGAGCUUAUGUAGAUGAUUUUUUAAAAGUUGCUGUUCUUGCUGAUCCUCAGCUUAUGGACAAGACUUCCCAUGGACUUGCUCCGAAGUCACUUGCUCUGGAGAUUGCACAAUUUUACACAGAUUUGUAUAUGCGGAGAUCAUAUCUUGCAUCUAUUUUGCCUUUCAAGCCUGAUGUGAUUUUGUUCCUGGGUGAUUACUUUGAUGGGGGGCCUGUUUUGUCAGAUGAAGAGUGGCAGGAAUCUUUGAGUCGCUUUAGACACAUCUUUAAGUUGAAUCAUCAUAAAAGAACUUCAGAUGCACAAGUAUAUUUCCUUUCUGGGAAUCAUGAUGUUGGCUAUGCAGGCCUUCACUCUCGUAGUCCUGAGGUUAUGAGGCGCUAUGAAAGAGAAUUUGGUUCAAGAAACUAUUGUUUUACUGUUGGAGAAGUAGAGUUCAUAGCUGUUGAUGCUCAAACUCUUGAUGGGCCUCCGCACAGAAAUUUCACUUUCAUGCCCUGGAAUUUAGUGAAAAACAUAUCAAUGGAUGCUAGGUUAAAUACAAGGGUGUUGUUGACCCAUAUCCCAUUGUAUCGGCCCGACUGGACUUCUUGUGGACCACACCGUUCUUCUCCAAUUAUCAAUCAAAGGGUUUCUUAUGCUGCUUAUGAUCAAGAAAUCAUAUACCAGAAUUAUCUCUCUGAGGAAACGUCAAGCCAUUUACUGGAUUUGGUCAAACCUGUACUUGUCCUCUCUGGUCAUGACCAUGAUCAGUGUACAGUCACCCAUUUAAGAAAAUUUGGGCCUGUGACAGAGCAUACUGUAGGGACCUUAAGUUGGCAACAGGGGAACUUAUAUCCGUCAUUCAUGCUAUUGUCAGUGAGUAAGCUCUCAUUUUCUAACAGAACUGACCUAGAAGAUGCAGUGUCUACACAUUUGUGCUUUCUUCCGAUGCAAACACACAUAUACAUAUGGUAUCUCUCUCUCUUUGUUAUUACCCUCCUUGUGCCCCUCCUUCGCCCAGCAAAUGGGUUUGGCUGUUGGAAUAAUUACGGUCGCUUUAUCGGAAUCAUCAGAAGAGCAAUAAGUGGUAACACUUUAAGAGGUGGCUACAAAGAGAAGGAUGAAAACGAAAUCUGUGACUAUGAGACAAUUUGGGAUGCAGAGGGAUCCAUGCAUCUUAUCAAGAAAGACACAAAAGUCUCAUUUACGAGUUCAAGUGACACACUGUUGGUCGGAAGGGGAAAUGCUGUGGUGCGAUCAUGGAUGAAGAAACAGAUCUCUCGAGAUUCUAAUGCAUCAUUUUCUGUAGAGAUGAAUGCGGAUGUUACAUUGGAUGGAACUGGAAAGUUCCCACAAAGGUCAACAAACAAGGUCCAGAUAAUAGUCGCCCUGAGAUUCUUCCGGACAUUCCAAAUGCUUUUGGUCAUUGCUGCUCUAAAUGUCCCUCUGUAUAUCAUGUUGCUGUUUAAGGAUUGGAUUGACCAUUGAUGUUUGCUGAUAAAUGAUGAUGGAUCUGCAUCAGAUAAUUGUUCUUGCUUGCGUAUGAAUUCCUCUCUUUGUGGACCCGGAAGAGAUAUUAUGAGGGUGGCGAGAAGCAGGAGCAUGAGGGAAUAUCCUUCUACACGUCGGCGUAUUGUUGCUUCAAGGAGCAGCGCAAGACUUUCUCCUAAUUACAUGUGGCUGUCUUUGCUUUUAUCUUAGUUUUAAAUGCUGUCAUACUUGCUUCUACGUUGUAUUAUCAUAAAUGUAUUGUAUUAUCAUAGUAUAACCGAUCAUUCAGAUGAGUUUGUGUAACCAACUUGUUUCAGCCACUGUAUCACUUUAAUGGCUUGAAAAACCUGAAUAUCUGAAGAUAGUGGUUGGGUGUAUCGUGUACGAUUAUUUCUUCUAGAGAAAACAUUUUCCUUCGAGGC